AUGUCCUCUAACAAACGGCGAAAGCUCAGUCACGAGGUUAAUACUGGUCACGACUCUUCCAGCCCUUCCGCGCCUGUGACUCCGACUGGCGGAGAUGAAAUCUUCUCCGAGGGUAAAGCUGAUGAUGAGGUCGGGACGAAGACAUUCAAGGAUCUGGGAGUGAUCGACCCUCUUUGCGAAGCGUGUGUCGCCUUGGGAUACAAAGCUCCGACGCCUAUCCAAGCAGAAGCAAUCCCUCUUGCUCUUCAAGGACGAGAUCUCAUUGGACUGGCAGAAACCGGCAGUGGAAAGACAGCAGCUUUUUCGCUGCCUAUACUACAAGCUUUAAUGGACAAGCCGCAAUCGUUUCACUCACUCGUCCUUGCGCCAACUCGGGAAUUAGCCUACCAGAUCUCGCAGGCCAUUGAGGCAAUGGGCUCUCUCAUUUCGGUCAGAUGCACCGUCUUGGUCGGUGGUAUGGAUAUGAUCCCCCAAUCGAUAUCCUUAGGGAAGAAGCCACAUAUUAUCGUUGCGACUCCUGGUCGACUGCUAGACCAUCUCGAAAAUACCAAGGGGUUCAACUUGCGCGGCUUGAAGUAUCUGGUCAUGGACGAGGCCGAUCGAUUACUAGAUCUAGACUUUGGGCCGAUACUGGACAAGAUAUUGAAGAUUCUGCCCAGAGACGGAAGGAAGACAUAUCUCUUCUCUGCUACAAUGUCAUCUAAAGUGGAGAGUCUUCAACGAGCGUCCCUUUCGAAUCCUCUACGGGUCAGCGUCAGCACGGACAAGUACCAAACCGUCUCCACACUUUUACAAUCCUACCUCUUCUUCCCCCACAAACAUAAAGACAUCUACCUCGUGUUUCUCCUCAACGAGCUAGCCGGCCAAACCACCAUAAUCUUCACCCGAACAGUAAACGAAACACAACGAAUCGCCAUCCUGCUCCGCCUGCUUGGCUUCAGCGCAAUACCGCUGCACGGUCAACUCUCCCAGAACGCACGAAUGGGCGCCCUGAAUAAAUUCCGCGCCAAAUCCCGCACCAUCCUAGUUGCCACAGACGUCGCAGCCCGUGGCCUCGAUAUCCCCUCGGUAGAUGUCGUCCUCAACUUCGAUCUCCCGCCCGAUAGCAAGACCUACAUCCACCGAGUCGGGCGGACAGCACGGGCCGGCAAAAGCGGCAAUGCCAUCAGCUUCGUGACGCAGUAUGAUGUCGAGUUGUGGCUGAGGAUUGAGGCGGCGCUGGGAAAGAAGUUGAAGGAAUACGAGACGGUCAAGGAUGAGGUGAUGGUUUUGGCGGACAGGGUGGGCGAGGCGCAAAGGGGAGCGGUGAUGGAGAUGAAAGAGCUGCAUGAGGCGAGGGGGAAAAAGGGGGCAACGUUGAAGGGAAGGAGGAGAGCCGGAGGCGGGGGGGGGAUGGGAACGGGGAAGGGGAAGAGAGGGAGAGAUGAUAUGGAUCGAGAGGAGGGUUGA